ACACCCUUCCUUCAAGAAAAACCUCUGCAGAAAGCUGAGAAGAAGAGCCUUGAGAAAGAGAACUAAAUCCUUUCCUUAACCUUCACGCCUUCAUCACACCAUUCCUCUCUCUGUCUCUGCUGAUAUUAUUAACUCUCUCCCUCUUCCCUAUAUUUUUCUCUGUCAACCUCUCACUUCUCAUAAAAAACCUCUGCUUUCUAUUCUGUGUACUUGAAACCCCCAGUCUCACUCACACUCUACCUCUGAUUGAUUCUCUCUUCAUUCACUCUUUUCUUAUCAAGCCUCACUAAAGAACCUUUUUCUCUCUUUAAAUUCCCGUUUUGUGAGAGGGUAGAAAACAGAGCAAAAACAGAGUCAUUCUUUCCUUCCUUCUCGUUUUUUCUUGGGAUUUCCAACAUGGCUUCUGGUAAAGAACAAGAGCAACAAGGGUUUACACAAGCAAAGUGUGUUAAGGUUCAUGGACCUAUCAUUGUAGGUGCGGGACCAUCUGGCUUAGCCGCUGCUGCCUGCCUUUCUCAACAAGGAGUCCCUUCUCUAAUUCUUGAAAAGAGUGACUGCAUAGCUUCUCUUUGGCAACAAAGAACCUAUGACCGCUUAAAACUUCACCUUCCUAAACAGUUCUGUGAACUCCCGCUUCUUGGUUUCCCUGCUAAUUUCCCCAAGUACCCUACCAAGAGCCAAUUCAUUUCUUACAUGGAGUCUUAUGCUUCUCAUUUCAAUAUCCAUCCUAAAUUCAACCAGGCUGUAAAAAAGGCAGAAUAUGACCGCGUUAAAGGGAUUUGGAGGGUGCAAACUGAACACCUUGAGUACCAUUCUAGAUGGCUUAUUGCUGCUACUGGUGAGAAUGCUGAGCCUGUAAUACCUGAAAUAGCUGGUUGUGGCAAGUUUAAAGGUGCUAUUCUACAUACAAGUGAGUACAAUUCUGGUUCUAAGUUCAAGAACCAAAGGGUCUUGGUCAUUGGGUGUGGCAAUUCAGGGAUGGAAGUUAGCUUAGACCUCUGUAGACACAAUGCGAUCCCUCAUAUGGUUGUAAGAAAUACAGUGCAUGUUCUUCCUCGAGAGAUGUUUGGCAUGUCAACAUUCGGAGUAGCCAUGGCACUUCUAAAGUGGUUACCCUUGAGAUUAGUGGACAAGUUGCUACUUCUAGGAGCCAAUCUCACCUUGGGCAACACAGACCAAUUAGGCCUGAAGCGACCAAAAACAGGCCCCAUUGAGCUAAAGAAUGUCACUGGAAAGACACCAGUGUUGGAUGUUGGUGCAUUAUCACAGAUUAAGUCUGGCAAAAUCAAGGUGAUGGAAGGUGUGAAGGAGAUAACAAAAAAUGGAGUCAAAUUUAUGGAUGGACAAGAAAGGGAGUUUGAGUCUAUAAUCUUAGCAACUGGGUACAAAAGCAAUGUCCCUACUUGGCUCAAGGGAUGUGAUUUCUUCACAAAAGAUGGCAUGCCCAAAACCCCCUUUCCUAAGGGCUGGAAAGGAGGAAAUGGACUGUACACGGUUGGCUUCACAAGAAGAGGCCUGUUAGGAACUGCCUCGGAUGCAGUAAAAAUUGCUCAUGACAUAGCUGGUGAAUGGAAGGCAGCCAAGGAUAGUAUUAGAUCUUGUAAUUCCCAUGUUAUCAUACACUUAGAUCAUGAUGGGGCCAAAUAAGAUGGGAAAAGAGAGAAAAUUCGGGGUAAACUUUCAUAGAUUAAGUUUUUAGGUGGAAGAUUAAUUAAUUGUUCACCAGGGAGGACUAGUUUUCAUUUUUCAUUUUCUUUUUCUUUUUUUCUCUUUUCUUUCUUGUAAAUGCACCAAUUUUGUAUGGGAGGUUCAUCUCCACUCCUCUUGUAUCUUCCUAGACUUUGUACAAAAUAACGUCCAGAGUAGAAUUUAACUUGAA